AUGUCUCUUUCAACAUUCUUAGUUACUUGCAAGAUAAGGGUUGGCAGCAGCAUUGGCUUUGAAAAGAGUGGGGGUUCGAGCUUUGGUAUUAGAGAGGUCACAAGGAUUAAGGUCCAGUGGUACAGCCUUAACCCUCAUCCAAAUGCUUGGCGUGCCCUUGAUGCUCUUGGUGUUUCUCACAAGCUUACCCCCAUUUAUGCUCCUUUAGUCAAAGGAUGUGUAACCGAUGUUAGUACUGGAGAUGUUCAACAACUCCUCUUCCCUGGACAAGGAACUAGGACAGUUCACCGUAAAGCUUUGUUAGAGGCACUGGCAGAGGAAUUGCCUACUGACUCAAUUCGAUUCUCUUCCAAGCUAGCUGCCAUUGAAACUCAAGAACAAGGAAGUGGUGCUUCCAUUACUGUUGUACAUUUGGAAGAUGGAACCACAAUCAAAUCUAAGGUUCUGAUAGGCUGCGAUGGGGUGCACUCGGUGGUGGCACGUUGGCUAGGAUUAGCAGAACCAGUUUAUUCGGGGCGAUCAGCGUUGAGAGGUUUAGCAGUUUUUCCUCAAGGCCAUGGAUUUGAUCAAGAAAUGCAGCAGUUUGUGGAUGUGGGCAAAAGGGCUGGUUUUAUUCUCCUGAAUGAUAAGGAAAUUUACUUUGGUUUAUCCUGCAAAGGGGAAAAUAUGGAAGGAGAUCCAGAACAAUUACAGAGAUUACUACUUGAGAAAUAUUCCAAAAAUUUUCCCCCGGUAUACUUAGACGUGGUCCGACAUGCCAAUCUUUCGACAUUAACAUGGGCACCUGUGAUGCUUAGGCAUCCAUGGGCCAUCAUGUUUGGAAACCUAAGCAAGGGAAAUGUGACAGUAGCUGGCGAUGCUAUGCACCCCAUGACUCCUGACCUAGGACAAGGUGGUGGUUCGGCACUAGAAGAUGCUGUCGUGUUGGGUAGACACAUUGGCAACUCGGUUAUGAAAAACAGAGGAAUUGUUCCAGGAGACAUGGCCAAAGCCAUAGAUGAUUAUGUCAAGGAAAGGAGGUGGCGUGCAGCUUGGCUUAUCAUAGGGUCAUAUUUAUCAGGAUGGUUGCAGCAAGAUGGAGCUAAAUGGUGGACGAAAAUUUUAAGGGAUGGGAUAUUUUAUAAGUAUGUUUUUGGUAGGAUUCAUGGAGUUACGCAUUAUGAUUGUGGAAAACUUCCGGCUAUUUCCUCUGGUGAAUUGGAUCAAUGA